UUUUAAAAAACUAAGGGUCUGAGUCCUUGUGGUUCAGUGAUAAUAUCCCUACCUUUGAAGCAGGAGGCCUGGGAGAUUGUACCACAUCCUAAAGGAAGUUGAUUGCCUUCUGGGGAGAUGAGCAGAGGAAUGGACUUGGGGCUCUGUGUUAGUGCUGCUGCCUGGAAUCCCCCCUCAAGACUGUUCGCGGGUGCUCCACCUGGGGCUCCCUGAGACUAUUGUUGCUGCCUGGAGCCAACCCUGAAAUUGUGACCAGUACUGCCGGGGGCAUCUUGACUUGCCUGAUUCAGCACCUAAAAAUUACCAUCACUGGAACCUGCAUUAUUAACAUCCUGGGGAUUACCUCAGACAAGAAACUGAACUGGACCAGCCACAUAAACAGCCACUUUGACAAGAGCAGGACAAAGGUCUAGUGCAAGCUAGAAAAUUCCAUAGCCAGUGAAAUGCUUUGAAAGACAAAUCUGCAACUAAUCAGUCUUAUUUCAUUUUUUAAACUGUGGGAAGUCUACUUAUUGAGCAGAGGCUGUGGACUUCAACAAGCGCCCAUUGAAGAGAAGGAUUGUGAGGGUCAACACUUUACUCAUCAUCAUCAUCGUUGGCCUCCCUUGUAGACGAGGAUGACUCUCUGCCACUCUCAGGAUAUUAGAUGAGGAGUUCUUAUGACAAAUAUGAGCUGGGCCUUUUUAACACGUCUUCUUGAAGAAAUCCACAAUCAUUCCACCUUUGUUGGCAAGGUAUGGCUCACGGUGCUGAUUAUUUUCCGCAUUGUGCUGACUGCAGUUGGAGGGGAGUCUAUAUAUUCUGAUGAACAGAGCAAAUUUGUCUGUAACACCAAACAGCCUGGGUGUGAGAAUGUCUGCUAUGAUGCAUUUGCACCUCUCUCCCAUGUGAGGUUCUGGGUUUUUCAGAUCAUCAUGAUAUCUACCCCAUCUAUAAUGUACCUUGGCUAUGCCAUCCACAAGAUUGCCAGAUCCACUGAAGAAGAAAAGAAAAACAAGUUUUUCAAGAAGAAGAAACUGUCAACAGUACGAUGGCAAGUCCAUCAUAAUUCAGAACAAACAGAGGACGAAGAUGAGGAAGAGCCAAUGAUCAAUGAUGAAACAGAAAGUGAGAAAAAAGUCAGUAGCAAUGAAAAACAUGAUGGAAGGCGACGCAUCUUGCAAGAAGGUCUGAUGAAAAUGUAUGUUUUCCAGUUGAUUUUCAGGGCUAUAUUUGAGGUGGCUUUCCUUCUGGGACAAUAUUUUCUGUAUGGAUUUGAAGUUGAUCCAUCCUAUGUCUGUACUAGAAAUCCCUGUCCUCAUACUGUGGACUGCUUUGUCUCAAGACCUACUGAGAAGACGGUCUUCCUCAUUGUAAUGUAUGUAGUCAGCUGUCUUUGCCUAAUUCUUAAUAUCUGUGAGAUGUUCCAUCUGGGCUUUGGAACCAUCAAAGAUAUAAUCCGUAGCAAACGGCGUAAUCAGAACAACAUGAGACCUUUCCCUUACCAUUAUCCUCGGAACAUUCCAUCAUCGCCACCAGGAUACAAUCUGGUGGUCAAAUCGGACAAGUCCACCAAGGUUCCAAAUGGCCUUAUGGCUCAUGAGCAAAACUUAGCUAAUGUAGCCCAAGAGCAACAGCCCACGAGUCCAGAUGACAACAUCCCACCUGACUUGGCCAGGCUCCACAAACACCUGAAAGAUGCCCAGGAGCAGUUAGAUAUUGCUUUUCAGAGUUAUAACAGUCAAGAGAAUGCGCACAAAUCCAGGACCAGCAGCCCAACAUCAGGAGGUACUGUAGUGGAGCAAAACCGUGUCAACACUGCUCAUGAGAAACAGGGUGCUAAGCCCAAACCUGUCUCAGAGAAAGGCAGCUCCAGUAGCAAAUCUGGAGAUGGAAAAACAUCCGUUUGGAUUUAAUCUCUGUUUAUAGUCAAUUAAGUUUACAAUAUUCCCUUAAAAAAAAGGCAGUAGCCACUUUCUGCACAUUUUACUACAGUCUGCUUUAUCUUAGAUAACCAACAUAAUAACAAUAUGGCUUCUUGGGUUGUCAGAAUUGUUGGACAAGGCUCCAAGCAUGAAAUCUGGUUCAAUGACGGUGCAAAAUAGAAAAUUGAUACCAGAUGCCAGAUGGUGGUGCUCCUGAUUUCCUAGCCAUCGAAAUCAAUGACUACAAACUGAGAGGCCCAUAAAUCAUAUGUAGAAAUUGUUUUACUAAUCAUUUGGUCCUAUUGAACAAAGCUUUAUGUUGGGCUCAUAGUGCUGUCCCUCUCAACUUUCCCUAAACCAUUAGGUAUCUGCUCAUACUCAACACCAAAAUGGGGUAACAUCUAGAGUUACUGCAUUAAGAAUGCAUGCAUUUGUGGUGACAAAGAUUAUAGUUGUUUUCAUUUGAAAAUUUAAACAGUUUUUGGGUCACUAUUAAUCUCCUUUACCUGAUUCACUUUGUGCCUGUUUCACAGGAGACAAGCCAUUGACUCCGUUAUAGCUACAAAGGAUUAAACUGCAAUUAUCAUUUUACUUUCUUGUCCAAUUUCAUUUAGUAGCCAUUUCACCUUAUAGUAAUGGGUUGGUUCAAAAUGUCAGAACUUUGACGAACUGUAAAAGGGAAAUAUAAAUACUUAUAUGCUUUGAAAGACAAACUGAAAAGACAAACUGUCCAGCCACAUUGUUUUGUUGUCCUUUGUCUUGCUAAAGAAAAAAGACCCUAUCCAAUACUCUUUUACUCUCUUUUGGUUCAAAAAGUAGGACAAUUUCAUCCUGCAUUGCUCUUUUCUCAAGUUUUAUCGACUUGCUGCAUUUCUUUAACUUUGGCAAAAUGAUCUCAUCUUUUAAUAUGACCAUUUCGUUGAUAAACUAGUUUCAUUUUCAAAGAAAAUCAAAUAUAUCUUAACAAAUUUAAACAAAAAGCUAUGCAAUUUUGUCACAAAGGCACAUGGGUUGUGGAGGAAGGAAAUUUGACAUCUUCUCCAAGCAACAUCAGGAAGUGUUUGUGUAGAAACAUCUGUAGAUUGGAAAUUCUCUCCUUUAUGAUUAAGGAUUGAGGAAAUUAUAUGAACAAGUGUUGAUGGGAAGAGGGGUUGGGAAGUGCAAGCUUUUUAUUUAAAAAAAGGGCAGACAAAUUCCAAGGAAAGUUGCCAUUGUCUUAAAAUGCCAUUUUAGAAUUUUGGUUCUGGAGCAGCUUUUUCAAACAAUGGUUGGCGAAGUGCAUUAACCCUAAUUCAGGUACACCUAAUAAUAACCGAUUUGUACACUGCAUUUGAAAAUGAAGGCUUAUGCUACACUGCACUUCAGCCUCAAGCGACAGUUGAAACUAUACACUGAACAAGUGUUGUUGUUUCCUGUUCCAACCGUCCAUGUGACCAGGAAAAACAAAUCCAAAUUGUUUAAGAAUUAAUCUGUUUGAAACUCUAACUUGCAAAAGAGUUUUAAAACUCUGACUUGCAAAAAUCCUAAUUAGAAACAGAAAAUGUUUGAAAUGCACAGCUGGCCAAAUAUAAAAUUUUACAGUGUAGAAGAACACACUUGUGCUGGCUCUGCUUAGUUCCAGCCCAGUACCAGAUGUUUGAAGUGUGAUCCUUCAUCAUAAUGUAUGACGGUAUUGUGAAGGCAAAUUGAAAUAGAUUUACAGAAGCAAAAAAUGAUGACAUCAAUAAUGUUUCAUGUACAUAAAGUUCAAAAAUCAUUAAAGCUGCAUGGGUUUGAGCAGAGGAUUAAUUAGCUCUUGAAAGUUACUGCCCAGAAUGACCAGGAUAAACUGCUCCUCUGCAUGAUAACUGAAUCCCAUAAGGCAAUGUCAUGUGUGUCCCAUUGCAGUUCAAACAAAUUUUGUUUAUCAAAACCUCAGUUUAUUUCAGGUCAUGUUAGAUGAUAUAAAACACAUAACUAAUCUUUGCCCAAGUUAUUUGCCAGCUUGUUGUCUGGAAGCUCAGUUUUCAGGGAGUCAGGAGUAUAAUCCAUUGUUGGUGUCAAAAUAAUGCCCAAUCAUGUAAUGUCCACACAGUGAAAUUAGCAACUUGCUGAAUAGUUAACUUAUUUUUAUUGUGAAUAGUUACGCCUUUGUUUAUCAGAUGAUACUUUUAGUCUCCUGGUCUCUUUAGGUUGUUCAGUAGGUAAGACCAAGAAGUAAGUUGCUCCUUGCUCCUCAACCUCCUCACACAUUUCUUUGAGCCAGUUAGUAAACUUACAGGAUUGCCAGAGGUUAGCUUUAUCUUGAGAGAAAAUCCUGAUUUCUACUUCUCCCUACCCUUCAUUCGGUUAAAGUUGAAGGUUUUCCCUUAAGAUAUAUCCACAAUGCAGCCAAGAUCAGGAAUUGAGUAGCUGGCAGAAUUGUAUCUCCAGCCAGCAAUGUUCUGUGCAACACUGGGCAUCAGACUUUCCAAUUUAAAAAUUAUGUUGAUGUAUUUAGAUUGUUUUUACAGGAAAAUAAAUCAUACUUGGUGUACCAGACUGUUCAGUUUAUCACAAUGCAUGAUGCAGAAUGUACAUUAUUGCUUUUCAUUCCCAAUCCAGAACUUUUUAUAUUUCAAUUAUUGAUUACUAAAUACUUCGUUCUUUCACUUCUUUCUGUGACUAAUAUCACAAUAUGAUAUGUUCCUAAUCCAAGAACUAGGCCUGGAAAUAUAGCUAAGCUGUCCUUUUGAGAAUUGGCUUGACCUGCUGUGCUUUUCUAACACUUUCUCUUUAUUUUCUGAUUUACUUAUUUAUCCUUAAAUCUAUACCAUUAUUUAUUGAUUAAAAGACAAAUAUAGCCCUUUAAGUAUCUGCUCGAGAUAAUGGGACAGUGAAUGGAUUGAAUGGAAAUACACAUUAGUUUAUGAGCUUUGAACAACAGUCAUCAGAUAACAAAUGUAUAUUUGUAAUACAUUGCCCAGUUGAAACUAUCAUGCGCUGUGAACUUUAUUUUCCAAUGCACUGAAAAUCAGGAUCAAUUUGUUUGCUUGUUUGGCACUUCUCAUUUAUCGACUGUAUAACAGUUCUUGUUUUAAACAUAUUCUUUCUACUAAGUGCCUUAGCUCAUGAAAAUAAAUUCUUUAGAUGUAAAUUUUUAUGAUGAAAAAUGACAGUACAAAACAGUAACUGCAUUCUUAGAUCUAGAGUGUUUGCAUUUUUAUCAUAGAAAGUAAUGUUUAUACAUCAGGUGGGAUUUUGAAAAGAAAUCUGAACUCAAUGGCUUAGCUAACUAUUUGUAGCUCAGAUAUUUUUACGUAGAUACAGUAAUCAUUUCUAAUAUUACACACAAAUGCUGGAAAGGCACAGUAGGUUGAUCAGGAUCUGGAAGAAAUAGAUUGAUGUUUCAGGUAAGACAGUACAUAUACAGCAAGUCACUUUUUGGAUUUACAGCAUUUUGUAGUUUUAUAUCUACAGUAUAUAUUAUGUAAAUGUUAUCUUUAUGACAUGUAUUUAGUACAUAAUGUGCACAUAUUGAAUUGUAGGUUAUCUGAAAGUAGAGAUGAAGAAACUUCAAUCCAGUUCUGACGAAGGGUCACUGGACCUGAAAUGUUAAUACUGUUUUCUAUUUACAGAUGCUACCAGAUAUGCUGAGAUUUUCCAGCAAUGUCUGUUUUUUAGACCACAAUCUAUGCUGGCUUGAACCGAGCUGGGUCAGGUCUGGGCUAAGAAUUUCAGAAGUUGCCUGAAGGAGGUAGAAAACAAAAAGCUAUUCUUUGUAUUAUUAGCAUACAGACGUUUGGCACAUUUCUUUGGCACUUCUUAGUUAGUUAGUGCCUCUGAUUAGACAUGGAAUGUCAUAAAAUGCACUAAACAUUCAUAUGCUAACAUUGCAAAGACCAAUGUUUAAGUUGUAGAUAAUGGGAUCCCAUGGGAUAUGAACAAACAAGCUUUAACAUUUUUAUCAAAAACUCUUCUGUUGACAAUGGCUGUUUUUUUUCCCACUUCUGUAAUUAUUAGACUAUUGGUGAGUUGUGAAAUGGUAACCUCUGUCACCAGGUCUUGUAGAAUUAAAAUUAGGACAUCUCCUAAACCAGAAGGAUCAAGAGUAUAACUCCACUCCACCCUGAACUAGUUUACCCACGGAACUGAUGGUGACUAGGCUGCAAUAAUUGAUCUCAACAUUCCAAGGUUAAGGGAAGAGAAAAUUCAAAUUGGAAUCUUUUUGCUGAUCACUAUUGAAUGAUCUCCUGCUGCAAAAACACAAACAACUGUAACGUCCUCUGUAAUUGAUUAAUAUAUUGACAUUCACUAUCUAAUUGUGUCUGUCUAUAAUGAUUGCUUGCGUGACAUAUUGGAAAUUUCAAGGAAUUAUACUUGAACAUGAUUAGAGAAUGGUGGUAGAAUCAAACCCUUACUAGUUGAUGUAACUGUUUUCAGACAGAAACCUAGCAUCUUUUUUUACUAUUUCAUGAAAUUUAGCAUCACUGGUAAGGCCAUCAUUUAUUGUCCGUGCCUAGUUGCUCUUGGAAUUGAAUGUCUUGCUAGGCCAUUUCAGAGUGCAGUUAAAGUAUAUUGCUAUGGAUCUGGAGUUACCUACAGGCCAGACCAGGUGAGGACAGCAGAGUUCCUUCUCUAAAGGGCAUUAAUGACUUAGAUUUUGUGUGGAUUGCAGAGAGAUCAUAGCUAUAUCAUUGAAGCAUCUUUUUUUCUGAGUCAUCUGUUGUUGCCUUAAACAUUCAAGAAAUGUAGAAAAUAUUUAAUACAAUUGAGACAUGGUUUAAGUCACUUUCCAUGGCCCUUUUUCAAGCAGUAAAGAAUGCAAAUUUCUUGAGAAAUCAGAUAUUUUUAAACACAAUCCUUAUUUAUAUCAAGAAUUUGAUGUAGUUAUAGUCAUGCAUUUUCUUCAAAAACAGAGAAAACAUUAACAUGAACUGAUCAACAUUGGGAGAAGAAAUAAAAUAAUAGAUAAUUUGCUAUUGAAAUAGAAUAGUUCAUUGUUAAUUUGUGCUCAUAGUAGCAGCUGACCUAUUAAUAGAGAUUAUUAUAUCAGUGGUACACUGUUAACUAGAUUAUACUUAAAAUGUAAAUGUACUAGUGGCUAGUUCAAUAUGCUAGAGUAUGAAGUCAAAUUACAGCAAAAAGUUUAACAGUAUAGUAGAAUUGAAAAUAAGCAUUUGCCACAAGGGCAUGGUAGUCAAUUUGAGUGGUUCCGUGUGAUUUCUUAUUUAGGAUUUUGUUCUUUUGAUAUACUGAAAUUGGGAACAAUUGUUGAAUAUUUUAGCCAUUUGAGAUUGUGACCUAAGGUUGAGCAACGUCAAAGCAGCCAGACAGCACAAAUGUAAAACUUAUGGCGUGGAGUUCAGCUAUUUUGAAUGUGUACAGGCCCAGAAGCUGGCAGUAAUUACUACUGGUGCCACUCGAACAUUGAGUAUCCUGGUAAGGAGAAUCACAUAAUUAAUUUUAUAUUAAUGGCCAAAACCAGUUUCACACUAACUGUCCAUUAUUAUAGAAACUCCUAAUUUUCAUAACUAUUGAAAUCAAGCAGGUGAGUGAUCUGCUUCACCAAUCAGACUCUACAAACGUUAAGAAUUUGGAUGUAAACCAUUUUGACAUCUUAUAGAUUCAUGUUUCUAUAGUGAGAAUGUUCCUUGUGCAUCUCAAAAAGACGAUUGAAUUAUUCUCAAUUUGCCUUAACUGUAUAGGAUCUGAAAUUCCCCAAAGUUGCCCUGCAGUAUUACCAGGCCUUUAGCAGAAGAGGGACAGGACAUCAGAGAAGUGGCUGUUUUCAGUCAUGUGUUUUUUUGACAUUUCUACCCACCUCCCAAUUCUGGCAGUGGAGUUUCCAGUGAAAAUUAUACAUUUUAGUCUAUAAAACUAAAUUGUUGUGCAACACAUUCAGUGGCUGUAAACAAAAAGUGCUACAAAAUUCCACUUCUGCUCGGCUCAUGAUCAACACACCUUGAGUGUUAAUUCCAUGUAAGAUGCAGGCGUACUAGGGAAUUCCAUAAGCUACCAGUUGCCUGUGGCUAUGCAGAGAGCUCAGGGAUUGUUAGGUCCCUUGUCUGUUCCCCUUUGAUAAAAGAAAGCUCAAUGUGCCCUUCCAAUCUCUUAAGGUGAAAAAUAGUUGUAAAGUUAAAACAACAAAUCUAACCAAGGUCCAAAUCUGAACCCCUCCAAGCACCCCCAACACAGCCCAAUA